GGGCCGGUCCUGUGGGGACAGGAGCGGAUGAAGCAAGUGAGGAGAGGCCUUGACAGAAUAGGCAAAGCAGAGGGCGUGAAGGGUCUGACAAAAUCAAAGCAGGCAUUGACCCGUAACAUAGUCGGGGAAGGAGCCUGACCUACCCCUCCUAGGCAGACGGAAAGGGGCUCCCGCUGGUUUAGUCUGUGGUGCCGGGGCUAUGAAGUGUCCGUGAUCUCGGUGGGGUAUGUGACAGGCAGCAGGGGAUGGCUGAGAGAGGGGGAUGUGCACUGCUGGAAUCACUGCCAGUGGAUGUUCGGGAGAGUUUGGCAGAGCUGGAGCUGGAGCUUUCUGAAGGUGACAUCACUCAAAAGGGGUAUGAGAAGAAGAGGGCCAAACUGUUGGCUCGGUAUAUCCCACUCAUUCAAGGAGUAGAUCCUUCUCUACAAGCUGAGAGUAAACUUUCAGGGACCUCGCAGAUUACUGUAGCUCCGAAUAAGCAGCAAAGGUCUCGUUCCACAAGCUCACGGGAUGAGCGCUUUCGAUCAGAUGUUCACACAGAAGCCGUACAAGCAGCUCUGGCCAAAUACAAGGAAAGGAAAGUGCCCAUGCCUUCUAAAAGACGCUCUACCCUUGUCCAGUCUUCUGUAGAGGUCUACACUCCUCCUGACACCUCGUCAGCCUCAGAGGAUGAGGGCUCAUUGCUCCGUCAGGGACGCUUCACAUCCACUCCUCUCCAGGGUCAUUCCAGCGUGGAGCCCUGGAUUAGCAGGGUAACCCAGGGCUCCUCCACCUCAUCAUCAGCAUCUUCCACUUCAUCCCACCCAGGAGCCAAGCCUGCAGUCUCCAACAGCUGCUCUGUUAAUUCCACUGCCACCAUGCUGGCAGACCUCAUGACACAUGCCCAGAUAGAGAGUAUUUCUGCGCCACCAGACGUGACCACAGGACUCUUAGGACAUUCACACCAUGAGCGCCCACAGGUGGCGUCAGUUCGUGGUGUGCCAAGGGGAUUCAACAGCAGCAUUAUAGAAACAGCAGAUGGGGUACCGGUAAGCAGCAGAGUAUCUUCCAAAAUACAGCAGCUCCUGAAUACCCUUAAAAGGCCCAAGCGUCCACCACUCAGAGAAUUCUUCGUGGAUGAUUUUGAGGAGCUCCUUGAAGUCCAGCAGCCGGACCCCAACCAGCCAAAACCAGAGGGUGUAGAAAUGGCUCUUCUCAAAGGGGAGCCACUUGGAGUUGUGUCUAACUGGCCUCCUUCAUUGCUGACUGCUCUGCAACGGUGGGGAACUACUCAGCCCAAAGCUCCGUGUCUGACGUCUCUAGACACCACUGCGAAAGCAGUCUAUACGCUAACCUAUGGCAAGUUAUGGAGUCGAAGUGUUAAACUGGCCUACACACUCCUAAACAAAUUGACCAAUAAGAAUGAACCACUGCUCAAACCAGGGGACCGGGUGGCUCUCGUGUUUCCCAACAAUGAUCCCGUGAUGUUUAUGGUAGCAUUUUAUGGCUGCCUCCUUUCUGAUCUUAUUCCAGUUCCCAUAGAGGUGCCUCUAACUAGAAAGGAUGCUGGCAGUCAGCAGAUUGGAUUCCUUUUGGGAAGUUGUGGGGUCUCUUUGGCUCUUACAACAGAUGCAUGUCAGAAGGGACUUCCCAAAUCUCAGACUGGUGAUGUGGUGACAUUCAAAGGCUGGCCUCGCCUGGCAUGGUUCGUUAUUGAUGGAAAGCACUUAAUGAAACCACCUAAAGACUGGCAACCCCAUAUCAAAGAUGCUAGUAACGAUGCAGCCUAUAUCGAGUAUAAGACCAGCAAGGAGGGCAGUACGAUGGGAGUCACGGUGUCUCAAGCUGCCAUGUUGGCGCACUGUCAUUCACUGACACAGGCGUGCGGCUACUCAGAAGCUGAAACAUUAACCAAUGUUCUGGACUUCAAGAGAGAUGCUGGUCUGUGGCAUGGUGUACUGACUAGUGUCAUGAAUAGAAUGCAUGUUGUCAGUAUACCAUAUGCCUUAAUGAAGGUGAAUCCCCUCUCAUGGAUCCAGAAAGUCAGUGCUUACAAAGCUCGUGUAGCCCUGGUAAAAUCCAGAGAUAUGCAUUGGUCGCUCCUGGCACAGAGGGACCAACGCGAUGUGAGUCUCAGCUCUUUACGAAUGCUCAUAGUGGCAGAUGGAGCUAACCCAUGGUCCAUUUCUUCCUGCGAUGCCUUUCUCAAUGUCUUCCAGUCUCGAGGUCUGAGACCUGAAGUGGUCUCUCCAUGUGCCAGCUCAUCAGAAGCGCUAACGGUUUCCUUGCGCAGGCCACCUGAUAUGGGGGGAAUGCCGCCUGGGAGAGCAGUUCUGUCUAUGAAUGGGCUGAGUUAUGGUGUCAUCCGCGCAGACACAGAGGAGAAACUAUCUGUGCUGACUGUUCAGGAUGUGGGACAUGUCCUUCCUGGUGCCAGCAUUUGUGUGGUGAAGGCAGAAGGAGCACCAUACCUUUGUAAAACCGAUGAGGUUGGAGAGCUGUGUGUUUCAUCCCAGUCAACAGGAACGGCAUACUUUGGUCUACAAGGAAUUACCAAAAAUGUGUUUGAGACCAUCCCACUGACUGCCAAUGGAGAUCCGGUGUGCAACCAACACUUUACCAGAACUGGAUUACUUGGCUUUAUUGGGGAAGAACGUUUGGUCUACGUUGUUGGGAAGGUAGAUGGCCAAAUGGUUGUGAGUGGUCGCAGGCACAGCUGUGAUGAUGUAGUGGCAACGGCCUUGGCUGUGGAACCAAUGAAGUUUGUAUACAGAGGCAGGAUAGCUGUGUUUUCAGUUAAUGUAUUACACGAUGAGAGGAUUGUCCUGGUAGCAGAGCAGAGACCUGACUCCUCUGAAGAAGACAGUUUCCAGUGGAUGAGCAGAGUCCUGCAGGCUAUUGACAGCAUUCACCAGGUGGGAGUUUACUGCCUGGCUUUAGUACCUGCUAACACUCUUCCCAAGGCACCUCUCGGUGGAAUCCAUAUCUCUGAAACCAAGCAACACUUCUUGGAGGGAUCUCUGCACCCCUGCAAUGUUCUUAUGUGCCCGCACACGUGUGUUACCAACCUGCCUAAGCCACGCCAAAAACAGUCGGAUGUGGGCCCUGCCUCCAUGAUUGUGGGUAAUCUGGUGGCUGGAAAGAGGAUCGCUCAGGCUUGUGGAAGAGAUGUGUCUCAGCUCGAGGACAAUGAUCAAGCACGAAAGUUCCUCUACUUAGCUGAUGUAUUGCAGUGGAGGGCACAAACAACUCCUGAUCAUCAACUGCUACUGCUGUUGAACGCUAAGGGCACUGUGUCGAGUACAGCAUCUUGUUUACAGCUCCAUAAGAAAGCAGAACGUAUAGCCAUCGGUUUGGUGGAGAAAGCGCGUCUCAAUGUGGGGGAUCACGUAGCUUUAGUGUACCCACCAGGAAUUGACCUGAUUGCCACGUUUUUUGGCUGCCUUUAUGCUGGCUGCAUCCCAAUCACAGUGCGACCACCUCACCCGCAGAACCUUACAACCACCUUGCCUACUGUCAAGAUGAUUGUAGAGGUCAGUAAGUCAUCUUGUAUCCUUACCACACAAGCAAUAAUGCGUCUACUCAAGUCCAAGGAAGCUGCUGCAGCUGUAGACAUCAAAACAUGGCCAACCAUUUUGGACACUGAGGACAUGCCCAAAAAGAAGAUAUCGCAUGUGUACAAGCCACCCUCUCCGGAGACCCUAGCUUAUUUGGAUUUCAGUGUAUCCACCACAGGAAUACUAGCGGGAGUGAAGAUGACGCAUGCAGCCUGCAGUGCCUUAUGUCGCUCCAUUAAGCUGCAGUGUGAGCUAUAUCCCUCUCGUCAGAUUGCCAUCUGCCUGGAUCCAUAUUGUGGCUUGGGCUUUGCCCUCUGGUGCCUCUGCAGUGUUUAUUCCGGGCACCAGUCUAUUCUAGUUCCACCGUUAGAGUUGGAGAGUAAUCCAUCUUUAUGGUUGAGUGCUGUGAGUCAAUACAAAGUGCGUGUCACGUUCUGCUCCUAUUCAGUGAUGGAGAUGUGCACCCGGGGUCUGGGUACACAAACAGGCACCCUGCGGUCACGUGGUGUAAAUUUGUCCUGUGUGCGCACGUGCAUGGUGGUAGCAGAGGAGCGCCCACGGAUCUCGCUUACUCAGUCCUUCUCCAAGCUGUUCAAGGAUUUAGGCUUAUCCACCAGAGCUGUCAGCACCACCUUUGGCUGCCGGGUCAAUGUCGCCAUCUGUUUACAACCCAACAGACUGGGCAAGCUUAUUGACCAGGGCACUGCGGGCCCUGAUCCAACUACUGUUUACGUAGAUAUGAGAGCUCUGCGUCACGACAGGGUACGCUUAGUGGAAAGAGGGUCACCGCACAGUCUUCCGCUAAUGGAAUCUGGAAAGAUUCUUCCUGGUGUGAAAGUCAUUAUAGCACACACAGAGACCAAAGGACCACUUGGCGACUCUCACUUGGGUGAGGUAUGGGUAAGCAGCCCACACAAUGCUAAUGGUUAUUACACGGUUUAUGGAGAGGAGGCUUUGCACGCUGACCAUUUCAAUGCGCGGCUCAGCUUCGGUGAUACACAAACUGUUUGGGCACGUACGGGAUACCUUGGAUUUCUCCGCAGGACAGAAUUGACUGAUGCCAGCGGAGAGAGACAUGAUGCUUUGUAUGUAGUCGGAUCCCUUGAUGAGACAUUGGAGUUGCGUGGAAUGAGAUAUCAUCCCAUUGAUAUAGAAACGUCUGUGAUCCGCUCUCACAAGAAUAUCGCUGAAUGCGCUGUGUUCACAUGGACAAACUUGCUGGUGGUUGUGUUGGAACUCGAUGGCCCGGAACAGGAAGCGCUAGACCUGGUAGCGUUGGUGACUAAUGUAGUCUUGGAAGAGCACUACUUGAUCGUGGGAGUAGUGGUAAUUGUGGACCCGGGGGUUAUUCCCAUCAACUCACGGGGAGAGAAGCAGCGUAUGCAUCUUCGAGAUGGUUUCCUGGCCGAUCAAUUGGAUCCUAUUUAUGUGGCAUACAACAUGUGAGCGGCCAGUAAUUGCUUCAAGCCUUAACCCUUUACAAACGUGGGUGCUAUGGGGAGGGAAGCAUAGCUGGAGAGGACACUGCUGCCGUCUUCCUUCUGAAGUGAUUCCUGGCCACUUAAACCUUUUUCCCCAUCAACUAUAAAGCAGGGAUGCUUCUAGUCACAGAUGGCAAGAGUCCCUAGAUCAGAAUGUACCUAGUGACCUUUUACCUCUUACUGUGACACUGGAUGUAGCAUUACUCAUUGCGAUUGCUGCUCUUUCUGUGCGUUAGGUGUCCACCCUCCCGUGUUGUAUCGCCUUACAGAGUCAAAUUCAUGCAAUAAUGUGAAUUUCUGAAUCUCCUUAAGCUGAGCACAGUCUUUUUACAUAGAACUGGGGGAAAGACUUUCCCUCUGAGCCAAGUGGAACUUUUCCAAAUUGUGAAUGUUCACCAGCCCUGAGUGAGCUGCUGCUUCACUUAUCAAAGAACUGAAUGUAAUUAUGUACAGACGCUGUGUAAUUUAUUAAAUGCAUCAAGCUAAAAGGAAAUUCCUGCUGGUUCUCCAUCAGGGGACAGGACCACUUUAAUUUUAACACUGUAGUUUUUAUAGUUAAAAAAAAAAAAACCAAAACAUAACUUUGGCAAUGCAUUAAAGCAUUACAAAGCCCGGCAAUGUUACAUGUGAUAAAGAAUGGACAAAAGCACAUUAAACAUUUUAAAAACA